GACCCCAACAGGUUUGCAUUUUUGGGCCGCCAACCGACAGAUCAUUUGAUUGUGGUCAUUGGUUAAAGGGCAAGUGUAAAAAUGAGAAUAUAUAGACACUGGGCGUGGUGAACGAGGGUUCGCCGAGCGAGUAGAUUGUUGGAAGAAAGAUUGGUUCAUAGCUAUCGUGUCGUGAAAGGCCGUUCUCGUGGAUUAUGAGCGAUUUGUGAAGGAUAAGAAUGGACACAGGCAGUCUUGUUGGUAAGUGAGAAUCGGCCUCGUAGGCGCAUCCAGUUACAGAGAAGGGGGGGGUAAACGUUAGCAGAAGCCAUGACGUUACGGCAAAAACAUCCAAUGCCCCUCACUCAUCAAUCAACUCUACCUACCUUACACUCGCCCUUUCCAUUUGACCAUAGAAAGACCCAAAGACUUCUCCCAUCCACCAAUCAACAUGCCAGUCUACCACAUCGUCCUCUUCAAACUCAAGCCCGAAGCCGGGCCGGAGAAGAUCCAAGAAUUCGAGGCAAUGGCAAAAGGCAUGGUGGGGAAGAUUCCAGGCCUGCGAGAGAUGGCUGUCGCUCCGCCCCUCGAGAGCACCGCUCAUAGAGGACAGGGCUUCAAUUUGGGACUUGUUGCUACGCUGGAAAAGGCGUCGGAUGUCAAGAUCUACGCUGAGCAUCCUGUUCAUCAGCAGGUGCACAAGUUCCGAGAGGAAAUGGCGACGGACACACUAGCCUACGAUCUCGUCUUCUAAUAAGAUCGCCUACCUAUCCAAGACU